UCCUGUCUCCAUGGAGACGCGUCCGUACUGCUGUGCCAGACAUGGCAGCCCUGGGGAGCGUACGGGAGCGCUUGGGAGAGCUCAGACUGGAGUACAUUGUAGCGCACAGAUUAGCCGAAGAUAACAGGCUGAAAGAAUAUAAUGCCGCCGUGGCUAUCCAGAGCUGGUUUAGAGGAUGCCAAGUUCGGGCUUACCUAAGGUACCUUCACAAAAUGGUGACUGUGAUCCAGAAAUGGUGGCGAGGAUAUGUUGCAAGAAAAUAUUUUAGAAGCAAGGUGAAGACAGCGUACUUUAUUAUGAAGAUGAAUUUCUACAAUGAAAUGGCUGUCAGGAUCCAGAAGAGGUGGAGAGGCUACUUUGUCCGGAAGUAUGUACAUAAUUACUAUGCCUUGAAGAGGUACCUAGAAGGUGUGGCCAUCAAAAAUAAUAUUGUCAGGAAGGAACUUGAUAAAUAUGCUGAUAUUAAAUCAAGAGAACAAGCAAAGAAAAAGAUGGAAAAUGAAGAGCGAGAAAAGGAAUACCAUGCUAGGAAGAUGCAUUACCUCCUCAGCACCGAACAGGUUCCUGGUAUAUACAAUUCCCCUUACAGACCAUUCCCAGAUUCUAUGGAGAUCCGGCUACAAAAGGCAAGACCGUUAAGUCAUAAAGAUCGUCCAAUGGAAAAGCCUGAAAAUCCAGAUCUACUCUAUUCAGACUGCAGAGACGCCUUUUCUUUUCCCAUAAUGCAGCCUCUGCCACCAAUUGGCAUGAAGAGACCACAGGGACCCUUCCGUGAUACGGCUGAAGUAUUGCAGCAACGCUACAAACCCCUGGAACCAACCUUGCGAGUGGCAACAUCAAUCAGUUCAGUGGAAGAAGCCAGAGAGGAGCUCAAAAGGCAGGAAUGGAGACGGGGCGUCCAUGAUAAAGGAUUUGCUCCCUUUUCUUCGUUUCAUAAAACAAAAGGUUAUGAUCCGCUGAUCCACACAUCUUCCGACUACAAGCAAAUCUCAUUUGUCACGCGGGCGGAACAGCCAGAGAAAUGGGUAGCAAAGAAGGACUUUCGAACAGUCUUCACACCCGUUCCCCUUUUCGAUAAAUUCGGAAAAAUGUACUCAAAGACGGGCGGAAUCGUGUAACUGCACCCAAGAUGCGACUGCGGAACAUACCAAAACUUGUUUUAAUCUGAAAGCCAUUCCUCAAAAAACUUUAUUUUGGAAGUGUAUGGUCCAUUUUAAUAAUAAAGCAAAUUUAGCUGGAA